AAAUCUACCGCGACAUCUCAAAGAAUUAAAGAAAACAAAAAAAAAAUGGCGAGUAUAAAGAUUAUGAAUUUUUUUAAAACUUCCAAUAGAAAAUGUAAAAUUAAUAUUAUAGGACUAAUAAUGAGAAAUGUACACGAUAUAACUUCAAAAUCUGCUAAAAAAAUUACUCAUACUGGUCAGAUAUAUGAUGAAGAUGAUUAUCGCAAUAUACGAUUUGUAAAUAGACCAAAAGAGGUUAAUGAUAAUUGGGCCAUAAAAUUGAUAGCAGAAGUUUCUCCUACAUCAGCAAAAGAAAAAAUUGUGGCAUGUGAUGGAGGUGGUGGACCUCUAGGACAUCCAAAAGUUUAUAUUAAUCUGGAUAAACCUGGUAAUCAUACUUGUGGAUAUUGUGGUUUACGCUUUUAUAAAGAAGAUCAUUAAAUAAAUGCAAUAUAUACAUAUAGUUAAAUUGUAAAUUACGAAUUUAUUUUAUGUAUAUUUAUAGUAAUAAAUGUUAGAAAUAUGUACAUAG